AACAGCAGCUGCCACAACAGGAUCCGUGGAGAUUUUACGUUUCAGGAUGAGUGCAUACAUGUAUCAAGAAGAAUCUCGAAAACAGAAGAAGAAGAAGAAGAAGGUGACGGAUGAACUCCGGAUAAUAAUGGUGGGGAAGACAGGAGGAGGGAAAAGCGCUACAGGAAACACCAUCUUGGGACGAAAAGCCUUCGAGUCUGAGCUGUCUCCGUCGUCCUGGACCGCGAGGUGCAAGAAAGCCGAGGGAGAGGUCGAAGGUCGGAACGUGGCCAUCGUCGACACGCCGGGCCUGUUUGACACGAACGUCAACGAGGAAGGGGAAGUGUUGAAGAAGCUCAAAACGUGCGUGUCUCUGUCGGCACCGGGUCCUCACAUCUUCCUGGUGGUCCUCCGGCUCGGCAGGUUUACCACCGAAGAAGAAAACACUCUCAACACCAUCCAGACCACCUUUGGUGACGAGGCGGCCCAGUACUCUCUGUUGCUGUUCACUCACGGAGACAAACUGAAGAAGCAAACCAUCGAAACCUUCAUUUCAAAGAGCGAGAGGCUGAAAGCGCUCAUCCAGACGUACCACUGCAGAUACCACGUCUUCAACAACGAGGCCAAAGACCGGGAGCAAGUGGCUCAGCUCAUGGAGAAGAUCGACAGGAUCGUGCUGGAGAACGGCGGAGGACACUACUCAGCGAAGAUGUUCAGAAAGGCCAAGCGGGCCUCAAAGAAGGAGAAGCGAAGGCUCUCGAAGGAGCUGAAGGCUGCAGAGCAGCAAAGGAGGAGCAGCCUGAAGGCCAAAGUAAAGAGCGAAAUGGAUUUAACUGAGAAACCCGACAAAUGUGUUUUGCAGUAGACAGUUGAGGCAUUUGGACAGUGAACUUGGUAAAGAGAUAUCAUCCAGCCAUUGCAAGUCACUUUACAUUUGCAUUGCUUUCAUAUUCUUUCAGCUUUGGUGCAGGAUCUCAGUAAAGAAGGGCUACUCUGGACGACACUGGAGAGUUGUGUGAUAUUUUACACCCACAACAUAGUUUGAACCCUAUUUCCUCCUAACAGAUCACAGAAACAAUAUCUGGUUGCCAUGUGUUUAGUUUGAAUAGUAUUGACCCAUUACUUUUUUUAAUCUAUUUUUAAAAAAGUGAACUAAGAAAUGUGUUUUUAACAUUGUCUUUUUGCUGUUUCAAUGGAUUUAACAGAAUCUAGCUACAUUAAAUUGAACUGAAUCUUCAACUCUUGCCUCUUUAGACUGGCAGCAGUGACACCUGGUGGCCAUAUUGUUAAUUGCACCAACUGUUUGUGAUUGCACGAAAUGUCACUUCAACAGGUUUUUAAGUAAAUAAAUUCACCAUUACAUUUAUAGAUUAAUAUGAAAACUAAUUCAGUUAAAAACGGCGGUCUUUAUUUGUUUUUAAUUACUUUUUAAAGUCUUUUGUAUUUUGGGUUUUUCUCUGUAAAAUACUUAGACAAGACUGUUGUAAUUGGUGUGGUAUAAAUAAAGCUCAUUUGAAUUAGUUGCUAUUUUAGAAGAAAGAAGUGGUAUUUAUGGCGGGUGCUGAAAUGUCGACUAGUGUUCUGCUGUGCCUCACCGGUCGGUAGAAAAUCUGCCUGUAGCUGGAAAUCAAUCAGCGGGAGGUGAGAUUGAGAGCAGAGUUGAUUUCUGCACCUGAUGGGGAGCUUUAUUGUCCAGGUGAGAUCAGCUGAGGUGUGUCAGCCCCUUUAAUUCCUCCACACAUGACCCUCUGAAGUCUGGGAUCAAGUCUUGGUCUUUGUUAUGCAAAAACUGUCAUGAAAUCACAGCUGUAAAUUUUGCAUUUAUGUUGGGUUUUGCUGAGGAUUUUUAAAGACAUUUACGUUCAGCUUUGAAGUAUUAAUAAGUCUGAAUAUUAGUAACUUGUUUCAUUUGUUCAAACAACAGUAAAACUCCAGCAUCAAACA